AAAUUCCAAUAAAAAUUCCUAAACUGAUAAUCUGAAAUCCCUAACACAGUUACUGCAGCUCUCAAAUCUCAACUCUCGUCAGUCGUCUAAGAUACCCGCAGCUCGUCGUCCAUCUUCUCUUAAGGCUCAGGCCAGCCACUGCUCAGUCCUCACUGACUGUUGAGUGCUCGCUGCCCGGAACUGUUCAGUGCUCGUGACUCACGCCUCGCAGGACGAAUGGCUGGAAAGUCUGUAGCAAAAGCAGUUGGGCGAUAUCAAUAUCCAUGGCAAGAAAAGUUGGCAAAAUACAAGGAUGAGCUUUCAAAGGGAGUUUGGGGUUACUGGGAGCUUGGAGCCUGGAAACCUCUGGGGAUGAGUGCUCGCCAUCGAGCUCGUCUGCGCAAGGAAGUUGUUGUUGCUGGACAAGAUUGGCCAUACGAUCCAGCGAGAAAGGAAAUGAGAACGAAGCAGAAAGGGCACAAGUGUGACAGAAUAUCAGCAGAAAAACGGGCAAAGACAGCCGAACUGAUGCAAAAAAUGCCUGAAAUGUUGGCUGAUUACAGGAAGAGAAAGUGGGAAAGGAAAAUGAAAGCAGAAGAAGAUGCUGCCAGAAAAUCAUUGCAAGAAUAGGUUUUAGCAUCCUUCCUUUCUUUUUCAACAACAUAAUGGACCAAAGGUUUCCUGCUCACUUGCCUUGUUCUCUUUUUGUGAGUUUAAUACACAUGGCAUGAAUCUAUAAGGUCAUUGGACAUUAUUUGACCUAAUUAUAUUUGACCGAAUCUUUAUCCCCUAAUAGAGUUAGAAGCCGUAUUAUUUUUCUUCUCCUUCCUUGUUCUUCAAGGCCUAUUUUAUUCCAUCAAAUUUAUAUCAAUGCAAAAAUCAUUAUUUUCCAA